UGAGUCCUCCCUGGGAAGCAUUCAUUUCUUAGUCUCUCCUGAUGUGGGCAGACCCUACAGCCAGGGCCUCAUGCUCAGGGAGAUGCUGGUGACCUGGAUCCUGCCGAUGGUUUUCUGGCUCUGGGUACCCAUCACUGCCUCAUCCACGGCCACUGCCACAUUCGUACCAUCGGGGAUGACAACAAAAGAUUACACAAAAAAUUCUGCUAACACCACAGUCUCUGAAAACUCCAUCACCACUUCUGGUCCAUUUGAAUCUUCAGCCUCUUCUGCAAGUUCCAUCACCGCCAUACUGGGGAGUACCAGCACCACUUCUGGUUUGUCUGAAUCCAAACUCUCCUCUGUGGGAUCACACACCACAGUCCUUGGGACCUUUACCAGCACACCUGGUCAGUCUGAAUCCACAGUGUCUUCUGAGGGUGCCAAAACAACAGCCCAACUGAGCUCCACCACAUUUGAUCAAUCUGAAACCACCAACUCUUUUGCUAGUUCCCAUAUCACAUCUGGUCAGUCUGAAUCCACAAUCUCAUCUGAUGGUUCACUCACCACAGUCUUUGAGAGUUCACCCAUUACUUCUGGCCAGUCUGAACCCACAGUUUCUUCUGAGACUUCUCCCACCACAGUCCCUGGGAGCUCCACCACCACAUCAGCUCCAUCAGAAUCCAUUGUGUCAUCUGAGGGUUUCCAAACCACAGUCCUACUGAGCUCCACCACCCCAUUUAAUCAGUCUGAAACCACAGUCUCUUUUGAGAGUUCCCACACCACAUCUGGACAGUCUGAAUCCACAGUCUCUUCUGAGGUUUUCCUCACCACAGUACUUGGUAGUUCCCCAACUACUUCUGGUUGGUCUGAAUCCAUAGUCUCUUCUGUGGGUAUCCCCACCACAUCUAGUGAGUCAGAAUCCACAGUCUCUUCUGAGGAUUCACAUAGCACAGUUCCUGGGAGUAUACUCACCACAUCUGGUCAAUCUGAAUCCACAGUCUUUUCUGAGGGAUCUUCCACCACAGUCCCUGGUAGCUACUCAGGUCCACCUAAAUCCACAGUGUCUUCUGAGAGUUCCCACACCAUAUCUGCUCAGUCUGAAUCCACAAUCUCUUCUGCGUCUUCCCCCACUACAGUCCCUAGAAGUUUUAUCACCACAUCUGGUCAGUCUGAAUUCACAGUCUCUUCUGAGGGUUCCCCCACCACAGUCCCUGGGAGCUCCAGCACCACAUCAGGUCUGUCAGAAUCCACAGUGUCUUCUGAGGGUUCCUCCACGACAGUCACUGGAAGUUCCACCACCACAUCAGGUCUGUCAGAAUCCACAGUGACUUCUGAGGGUACCCAAACAACAGUACUACUGAGCUCCACCACCACAUUUGAUCAAUCUGAAUCCACAGUCUCUUCUCAGAGUUCCCACACCACAUCUGGUCAGUCUGAGUCCACAGUCUCUUCUGAGGGAUCCCCCACCACAGUCCCUGGGAGCUUUACCACCACAUAUGUUCAGUAUAAAUCCACAAUAUCUUCUGGGAGUUCCCACACCACAUAUGGUGAGCCUGAAUCCACAAUCACUUCUGAGGGUUCCCCCACCACAGUCCCUGGAAGCUACACCACCACAUCAGGUCUCUCAGAAUCCACAGUGUCUUCUGAGGGUUCCCAAACCACAGUCCCACUGAGCUCCACCACAACAUUUCAUCAGUCUGAAUCCACUGUCUCUUCUGAGAAUUCCCAAAACACAUCAGGUCAGUCUGUACACACAGUCUCUACUGAGGGUUCCCCCACCACAGUCCCUGGAAGCUACACCACCACAUCAGUUCUGUCAGAAUCCACAGUGUCUUCUGAGGGUUCCCAAUCCACAAUCCUACUGAGCUCAACCACUGCAUUUGAUCAGUCUGAAUCCACUGUCUCUUCUGAGAAUUCCCAAAACACAUCAGGUCAGUCUGUACCCACAGUCUCUACUGAGGGUUCCCCCACCACAGUCCCUGAAAGCACCACAUCAGAUCUCUCAGAAUCUACAGUGUCUUCUGAUGGUUCCCAAACUACAGUCCUACUGAGCUCCACCACCACAUUUGAUCAGUCUGGAUCCACAGUCUCUUCUGAGGCUUCCUCCACUACAGUCCCUGUGAGUUUUGUCUCCAUACCUGGUCAGUCUGAAUCCACAGUCUCUACUGAGGGAUCCCCCACUGCAGGCCCUUGGAGCUCCACCACCACAUCAGGUCUGUCAGAAUCCACAGUGUCUUCUGAGGGUUCCCAAACCACAGUCCUACUGAGCUCCACCACCACAUUUAAUCAGUUUGAAUCCACAGUGUCUACUGAGAGUUCCCAUACCACAUCAGGUCAGUCUGAAUACACAGUCUCUUCUGAGGCAUCACCCACUACAGUCCCUGGGAGUUUUGUCUCCACAUCUGGUCAGUCUGAAUCCACAGUCUCUACUGAGGGAUCCCCCACUGCAGGCCCUGGGAGCUCUACCACCACAUCAGUUCUGUCAGAAUCCACAGUGUCUUCUAAGAGUUCCCACACCACAUCUGGUCAGUCUGAAUAUACAGACCCUUCAGAGGCUUCUCCCACCACAGACCCUGGGAGUUUUAUCACCACAUCUGGCCAGUUUGAACCCACAGCCUCUUCUGUAAAUUCUCCCACCACAGUCCGUGGAAGCUCCAUGACCACAUCAGUUCUUUCAGACUCCACAGUGUCUUCUGAUGGUUCCCUAACCACAGUUCUACUGAGCUCCACCACCAAAUUUGAUCAGUCUGGACCCACAGUCUCUUCUGAGAGUUCCCACACCACAUCAGGACAGUCUGAUUCCACAGUAUCUACUGAGGGUUCCCCCACUGAAGGGCCUUGGAGCUCCACCACCACAUCAGUUCUGUCAGAAUCCACAGUGUCUUCUGAGAGUUCCCACACCACAUCUGGUCAGUCUGAAUCCACAGUCUCUUUUGAGGCUUCUCCCACCACAGGCCCUGGAAGCUCCAACACCACAUCAGGUCUCUCAGAAUCCACAAUGUCUUCUAAGGAUUCCCAAACUACUGUCCCACUGAGCUCAACCACAACAUUUGAUCAGUCUGAAUCCACUGUCUCUUUUGAGAAUUCCCACACCACUUCUGGUCAGUCUGCAUACACAGUUUCUACUGAGGUUUCCCCCACCACAGUCCCUGGGCACUCCACCACCACAUCUGUUCAGUCAGAAUCCACAGUGUCUUCUGAGGGUUCCCAAACCACAGUCCUAUUGAGCUCCACCACCACAUUUGAUCAAUCUGGAUCCACAGUCUCUUCUGAGAGUUCCUCCAUUACAGUCCCUGGGAGUUUUAUCUCCACAUCUAGUCAGUCUGAAUCCACAGUCUCUUCUGAGGUUUCUCCCACCAGAGUCCCUGGAAGCUCCACCACCACAUCAGCUCUCUCAGAAUUUACAGUGUCAUCUGAUGGUUCCCAAACCACAGUCCUACUGAGGUCCACAACCACAUUUGAUCAGUCUGGAUCCACAGUCUCUUCUGAGAGUUCCCACACCACAUCUGGUCAUUCUGAAUCCACAGUCUCUUCAGAAGCUUCUCCCACCACAGUCCCUGGGAGUUUUAUCACCACAUCUGGUCAGUCUGAACCAACAGUCUCUUUCGAGGCUUCUCCCACCACAGUCCCUGGAAGUUCCAUCACCACAUCAGUUCUGUCAGAAUCUACAGUGUCUUCUGAGGGUUCCCACACCACAGUCCUACUGAGCUCCACCACCACAUUUGAUCAGUCUGAAUCCACAGUCUCUUCUGAGGGAUCCUCCACUGCAGUCCUUGGGAGCUCCACCACCACAUCAGUUCUGUCAGAAUCCACAGUGUCUUCUGAGAGUUCCCACACCACAUAUGGUCAGUCUGAAUCCACAGUCUCCUCUGAGGGUUCCCAAACAGCAGUACUACUGAGCUCCACCACCACAUUUGAUCAGUCUGAACCCACAUUCUCUUCUGAGAGCUCCCACACCACAUCUGGUCAGUCUGAAUCCACAGUCUCUACUGAGGCUUCUCCCACCACAGUCCCUGGGAGUUUUAUCACCACAUCUGGUCAGUCUGAACCCACAGUUUCUUCUGAGACUUCUCCCACCACAAUCCCUGGGAGCUCCACCACCACAUUAGUCCUGUCAGAAUCCACAGUGUCUUCUGAGAGUUUCCACACCACAUCUGGUCAGUCUGAAUCCACAGUCUCUACUGAGGCUUCUCCCACCACAGUCCCUGGGAGUUUUAUCACCACAUCUGGUCAGUCUGAACCCACAGUUUCUUCUGAGACUUCUCCCACCACAGUCCCUGGAAGCUCCAUCACCACAUCAGGUCUCUCAGAAUCCACAGUGUCUUCUGAGGCUUCCCAAACCACAGUCCUUCUGAGCUCCACAACCACAUUUGAUCAGUCUGAAUCCACAGUCUCUUCUGAGAGUUCCUACACCACAUCUGGUCAGUCUGAAUCCACAGUCUCUUCUGAGAGUUCCUACACCACAUCUGGUCAGUCUGAUUCCACAGUUUCUUCUGAGAGUUCUACCACCACAAUCCCUGGGAGCUCCACCACAACAUCAGUCCUGUCAGAUUCCACAGUGUCUUCUGAGAGUUUCCACACCACAUCUGGUCAGUCUGAAUCCACAGCCUCUUCUGAGGUUUCUCCCACCACAGUCCCUGGAAGCUUCAUCACCACAUCUGGUCAGUCUGAACCCACAGUUUCUUCUGAGACUUCUCCCACCACAGUCCCUGGAAGCUCCAUCACCACAUCAGGUCUCUCAGAAUCUACAGUGUCUUCUGAGGGUUCCCAAACCACAGUCCUUCUGAGCUCCACCACCACAUUUGAUCAGUCUGAACCCACAUUCUCUUCUGAGAGCUCCCACACCACAUCUGGUCAGUCUGAAUCCACAGCCUCUUCUGAGGUUUCUCCCACCACAGUCCCUGGGAGUUUUAUCACCACAUCUGGUCAGUCUGAACCCACAGUCUCUUCUGAGACUUCUGCCACCACAGUCCCUGGAAGCUUCAUCACCACAUCAGGUCUCUCAGAAUCCACAGUGUCUUCUGAGGGUUCCCAAACCACAGUCCUAUUCAGCUCCACAACCACAUCUGGUCAGUCUGAUUCCACAGUCUCUUUUGAGGGAUCUCCCACCACAGUCAUUGGGAGCUUUAUCACCACAUCUGAUCAGUCUGAAUCCACAGUUUCUUCUGAGAGUUCUACCACCACAAUCCCUGGGAGCUUCACCACCACAUCAGUCCUUUCAGAAUCCACAGUGUCUUCUGAGAGUUCCCAAACCACAUCUGGUCAGUCUGAAUCCACAGCCUCUUCUGAGGUUUCUCCCACCACAGUCCCUGGGAGUUUUAUCACCACAUCUGGUCAGUCUGAAUCCACAGUCUCUUCUGAGACUUCUGCCACCACAGUCCCUGGAAGCUUCAUCACCACAUCAGGUCUCUCAGAAUCCACAGUGUCUUCUGAGGCUUCCCAAACCACAGUCCUUCUGAGCUCCACAACCACAUUUGAUCAGUCUGAAUCCACAGUCUCUUCUGAGAGUUCCUACACCACAUCUGGCCAGUCUGAUUCCACAGUUUCUUCUGAGAGUUCUACCACCACAAUCCCUGGGAGCUCCACCACAACAUCAGUCCUGUCAGAUUCCACAGUGUCUUCUGAGAGUUUCCACACCACAUCUGGUCAGUCUGAAUCCACAGCCUCUUCUGAGGUUUCUCCUACCACAGUCCCUGGGAGUUUUAUCACCACAUCUGGUCAGUCUGAACCCACAGUUUCUUCUGAGACUUCUCCCACCACAGUCCCUGGAAGCUCCAUCACCACAUCAGGUCUCUCAGAAUCUACAGUGUCUUCUGAGGGUUCCCAAACCACAGUCCUUCUGAGCUCCACCACCACAUUUGAUCAGUCUGAACCCACAUUCUCUUCUGAGAGCUCCCACACCACAUCUGGUCAGUCUGAAUCCACAGCCUCUUCUGAGGUUUCUCCCACCACAGUCCCUGGGAGUUUUAUCACCACAUCUGGUCUGUCUGAAUCCAUGGUUUCUUCUGAGAGUUCCCCCACCACAGCCCCUGGUAGCUCCAGUACCACAUCAAUUCUGUCAGAAUCCAUAGUCUUUUCUGAUAGUUCCCACACCAUAUCUGGUCAGUCUGGAUCCACAGUCUCUCCUGAGGUUUCCCCCACUACAUUCCCUGGAAGCUCUACCACCACAUCAGGUCUGUCAGAAUCCACAAUGUCUUCUGAGGGUUCCCAAACCACAGUCCUACUGAGUUCCACCACCACAUUUGAUCAGUCUGGAUCCACAGUCUCUUCUGAGAGUUUCCUCACCACAAACCUGGGGAGUUUCCCCACUAUAUCCAGUGUGUCUGAAUCCACAGUGUCUUUUGAGGAUUCCCAUACCACAGUCCCUGCGAGUUUUCUCACCACAUCUGGUCAGGCUGAACCCACAAUCUCUUCUGAGGGUUCCCUCCCCACAGUCCUUUGGAGUUCCACUACCUUAUCUGAUCUCACUUUAUCUACAGUGUCUUCUGAUAAUUUCCACACCACAUCUGGACAGUCUGAAUUCACUGUCUCUUCGGAGGGUUCCCUCAUGACAGGGCUUGGGAGUUCCCCCACUCCUUCUGUUCAGUCAGAAUCUACAAUCUCUUCUGAGAGUUUCCAUUCAACAAUCUAUGGGAGCUUAACCACCUCAUCUGGUCAGUUUGAAUCCACAAUCUCUUCUCAGGGUGCCCAUACCGUAGCCCCUGGGAGCUCCACCUUCACUUCUGCUCAGUCUGAAUCUACAAUCUCUUCUGAGGGUUCCCUCAUCACUAUUCCUUUGAGCUCUGUCAGCACAUCUGGUCAGACUGAAUAUACAGUCUCUUCUGAGAACUCCCACACCACAUCUGGUCUGUCUGAAUCCACAGUCUCUUCAGAGGGUUACCUCACCACAUAUGGUCAGUCAGAAUCCACAGUCUCUUCAGAGGGUUCCCACACCACAUCUCAUCAGUCUGAAUUCACAGUCUCUGUGGAGGGUUUUCACACAACAUCUGGUCAGUCUGAAUCCACAAUCUCUUCUGAAGGUUCCCACACUACAGUCCUUGGGACUUCCACCACUAUUUCUGGUCAGUCUGAGUCUACUGUAUCUGCUGAGGGUUCCCUCACCACAGUCUCUUGGAAUUCUACCACAUCUGGUUGGUCUGAAUCCAUAGUCUCUUCAGAGAGUUCCCACACCACGUCUGGUCAUUCUGAAUCCACAAUUUCUUCUGAAGGUUCCCUCACCACAGUCCUUGGGAGUUCCCCCACUCCUUCUGUUCAGUCAGAAUCCACAGUCUCUUCUGAGGGUUCCCACACUACAGUUCCUGGGAACUUAAUCACCACAUCUUCUCAGUCUGAAUCCACAGUCUCUCUGGAUGGUUCCCAUACCACAGUUUCCAUGCCCUACCCAACCACUUCUGGUCUGUCUAAAUCCACAGUCUCCUCUGAGGAUUCCCACACCACAGUCCCUGGGAGCUCCACCACUUUAUCUGGUGGGUCUGACUUCACAGUGUCUUCUGAGGCUUCCCUCACCACAGUCCUUUGGAGUUCCCCCACUACUUCUGGUGGAUCUGAAUCCACAGUCUCUUCUGAGAGUUCCCAAACCACGUCUGUUCAGUCUGAAUCCUCAGUCUCUUCUGAGAGUUCCUACACCACAGUCCCUGGGAGCACCAUCACCACAUCUGGUCAGUCUGAAUCCACAGUCUCUUCUGAGGGUUCCUACACCACAUCUGGUCAGUCUGAAUCCUCAGUGUCUUCUGCAGGUUCCCAUACCACAAUUACCUUGUCCUCCCCAACCACUUCUGGUCUGUCUGAAUUCACCAUGUCUUCUGAGGGUUCCCUCACCACACGCCCUGGGAGUUUUGCCACUACUUCUGGGUGGUCUGCAUCUAGUGUUUCUUCUGAGAGUUCCCACACAGGAGUUUCUGAGAACUCUACAGCCCCAUCUAGCACUGGAGAGACAUUUUCCAGCUCGUCUGGUUCAGUACAGUCUACCACUUUUGUCACUCAGAAAUCCACAGAUCACAACACCAUAUCUGAUUUUUCUCAAGUCACGGACUUACCUACAUCAACAAUUUCUCAAGAGGAUGGAAGUCCUGUGUCCACUUCAAGUCCAGCUGAAUCCAUUACCUCCUCCACUGGUGAUGAAGAAAGGACCACGUAUUCUACUCCUGAAGCCACUGUGUCCACAAUAGUCUCAGCACCAUCAACAGAUACAGUCUCCUCUUACACCUCAACAUUUUACAUACCUUCAAACUCUGAGGGACUUUCUACCACUACCUCCAGGACUGGACUCAGUACAACAAUAAUUACUGAAAUGUCCUCUGUCCUUUCAACCAUUUCCAAAUCUUCUAUGACAACUUCCUAUCCCAGCCAUAGUAGUAGCCUGGCUUCCUCUUCAAUUCCUACCCUGCUGUCUUCCACCCCCUCUGUCUCCACACAGACAAUCACAGGCCUCACAGAGGAACUCAUUCUUACUACUUCCACCCCUGAUUCAUCAAAACCUACAGGCACCUUGAACAGCACUGUUACUGUAGGGAAUGAAGUUUCUGCUUCGACAUCAAGGCCUGGAGAAUCCUUAACCACUUCCGUUGGUGAUGGACACAUGACCACAUCUUCUUCUCUGGGAUCCACUCUAUACACCAGCUCCUCAGAUGGGUCCAUGCCAUCAUUCUCUACCCAUUCUUUGCACGGUACAAACAGUGCAAGUCCUUCCCUGUCAAGCCCCAGUGAGAUCUCCACCCACACUGUGGUCUCACAACAUACCACCACGACUGCCAAAGAGGAGUCGACUUCUGGCUUUUCUCCUCCUGUGUCCUCCACUUCACCUGGCUCCACUGGUACUCCAGUCCCUGGAUUCAGUACCACUUCAACCCUGCGUCCCCCUCUCACUAGGACACAGACAACUGUGAGGACAACCCACUCUUCAACUACGACACCAUGGCAGUGCCACAAUGGGGGCACUUGGAACGGAAAAGAAUGUAUCUGUGCCCAAGGCUACUCUGGUUACCAGUGUAAAUUCCUCAAGGAAUACUUCUUCAUAGAGACCCCCCAAAAAAUCAAUGCCACUGUAGACCUGAAAGUGAAAGUGACUAACAGGAAUUUCACAGAUGACCUAAACAACAAAUCCUCUGCUGCAUACAAGAACUUCGUUCAAGUAUUCAAGAGGCAGAUGGAUAAAGUUUACAGGGGCAACAACUUUCCCCAAUACAGAGGCGUGAAUGUCAAAAGACUGCUUCCUGGCAGCAUCAUGGUGGAACACGAAGUCAUCAUGGAGGCCAACUAUACUUCGGGGUACCUGGAGCUGUUUGAAAACCUCACUAAGAUUGUAAGGGCCAAGAUUAUGAAUGAGACCGGACAGCUACAUGGGAAUUCUGAAGACUGCAAAAACCUCUCACUCCUGUGCUACGAUGAGACGGCCACCUCUGUGGACCCCGUGAAGGUCAACUUUGACCCGCAAGAGCAAUGCACUAAGAAGGCUGCGAAGGAAUUCGUCCAGUUCUACUACAUGGAUGAGCUGGAUGGGAAGCUGGCCUGUGUGACCAAGUGCACCCCAGGGACGAAGUCGGAAAUGGACUGUCACCACGGCAGGUGCGAGCUGCAGCAAAGCGGCCCCCGUUGUCUAUGCCUGAACUCAGACACACAUUGGUACUCGGGGGAGACCUGUGAAUCCAGCACCAGCAAGAGCAUGGUAUAUGGGAUUGUGGGGGCCGUGGUGGCGCUCCUGGUGGUCUUGGUGGUGGUCCUGAUCGUCUUACUCAGCCGAUCCCAGAGAAAACUGCAGAGCAGGCAAGAGUACGACGUGUCUCGAGAGUGGCAAGAUGCAGGCUACCCUGGCAGUUUUGAGAACACAAGCCUCUGGGAAGGUCAGGAUCUGAAGGGGGACACAUUUGGCCUUGAAAACAUCUACAGAAACUUCCAGCCCUCCUUGAGGAGCGUGGACCCCACUACAGAGCUCCACAUUCAGAGGCCCUCAGUGGUGGCAACUGCUCGGUGAUGGGGACAGGGACUGCCACCCCACUCAGAUCUGGGUGAUGAGGCUGCGGCCGACAGAGCCCUCCACGGCCCAGGCUGCCAAGAGGAACCUAAAGUCUGAAGUCGGCAGGCCCGAGGAUGACCCUGUCAGAGCGAGCGGACUUGCCCCGUCCUCAUUGCCGGGACGAACGCCCUCUGCUCCCUUGCCCUCCAGCCAGGAGCCCGGAGACAUCUUGUUUACUCCACUUGUGUUUACUCCACUUGUUUACGCCACUUGUGUCACCCACGCAGGAAUUUCCUGCCAAUAAAGGACAAGUCUUAUACA